UUGGCGCGAAAGAAGUAAAUCAGUGCGAUCGUGUGUGUGUAUUCCGUGGGAACUGUUGUUAGCAUUUAAUCAGUGUUACUUCAAUAAUAACAAUGCCAACUAAAGUUGAAACUGAGUUUCAGCUAAGUAUUCAGGUUAAAGAAAGCUUACUUGAACUGGAAAAUGAUUUUCAAGAGGGCAACGUGACUGAAAAGGGGUUUGUCAAAAAAAAGAGUAAGCUUCUGUUCGAACAUCUACCUGAAGAACUCCAAAGCAGGUAUAUCAAUUUGUAUGAGAGAAGCUUAACUGAGUUCCCUGGUGGCAGUCAUGUUCUGCCACCACCUCGUUGUCGAGAAUGUCGUCAGUUGUUGGAUGAUCGCGAACUGAAGAUGUUUCCUGGUGACCAGGAAGAUGCAGUUGAAGAGUUUAUUGCCCUAACCGAUGCUCGUUUGUCACUCUUUACUGGCGAAGAAGCUGAGAUUGCCAGUGCUGAUGAGCGCCCUCAACAUAAAAUCACUAAUUUCAGUGUCUAUGACAAGAACACCCAUCUCUGUCCGUUUGAUACUGGGAUGAUUGAGAAGAACAAGGAACUGUUCUUCAGUGGACACGUUAAGCCAAUAUAUGAUGAGAACCCUGCUAUUGAAGGUGGUGUUGCCACAAGAGCUCUCGGCCCGAUUAAUGAAUGGUGGACAGCGGGUUUUGAUGGUGGUGAGAAAUGUCUGAUUGGAUUUGGUACAGCAUAUGCUGAGUACGUGCUCAUGUCUCCAAGUGAGGCCUACAAGCCUAUCUACCAAGCAAUGCAGGAGAAGAUAUUCAUGAGCAAGAUUGUGAUUGAGUUCCUGCAGAAAAAUGUGGAUACCGACACUGACUAUGAAGACCUUGUCAAUAAGAUCCAGACAACUGUACCUCCAGAUGGAUGCAGUAGCUUUACUGAAGACUCCCUCCUUCGUCAUGCUCAGUUCGUGGUUGAACAGGUUGAGAGUUUUGAUGAGGCAGCUGAUGAGGAUGAGACCCUACUGAUCACGACCCCAUGUAUGAGAGAUCUCAUUAAGUUGGCUGGCGUUACUUUAGGCAAGAGACGUGCAGCUCGAGGUGUAUCUUUAAAAAAACGAAAAGAGUUGCAGAAACAAACGAUGGCGACGGUAACUCCCCUUGUUUGCAACAUCUUUGAUAUGCUGUUUCAGGAUGAGAUGCUGAAGGAUAAGGAGACAGCGGGACCUCGACGACAAAGAUGUGGAUUGUGUGAUAAAUGCCAACUUCCAGACUGUGGGAAAUGCACAUCUUGUAGGGACAUGAUCAAGUUUGGAGGGACAGGACGGGCUAAGCAAGCAUGUAUCAACAGACGAUGUCCAAAUAUGGCAGUCCAGGAAGCAGAAGAUAAUGAUGACGUUGAGGACAUUGACAAGGAGAAUGUGGAUUUAGAAGCUCAGAAGAAAAAGAAGAGAAAGCUAGGCUCACCACUAAAGAAAAGAAAGACUAAGGUGAUGUGGAGAGGGGACCCGGUAUCAAUUGAAGGCGAUCACACAUACUAUUCGUCGGUGCUAAUAAAUGAUGAACAGGUGGACAUUGGUGACUGUGUGCGUGUGAAUCCAGAUGAUCCCAGUAAGCCGUUAUUUUUAGCGCGUGUGAUGUCCAUGUGGCAGGAAGAGGGCAAUGAUGAGCCAAUGUUCCACGCACAGUGGUUUCUGUACGGGUCGGAGACGGUGCUUGGUGAGACCUCGGACAAUUUGGAGGUGUUUGUUGUUGAUGAAUGCCAGGAUACAUAUUUAGGGUCUGUCAAUUCUAAAUGUAAGAUUAUUUUCAAGGAACCGUCACCCGAUUGGUUCAUGAUUGGCGGGAUAGAAGACUUUAAUUCUGAUCAAGUAAUUGAAAAAGACGAUGGCAAGACGUUCUUUUACCAGAAGUUUUAUGAAGCAACGACGGCACGUUUUGUUGAUGUUCCUGUAACCAAGAACACAUCUAAUGUCCCGGAAUAUAGGUUCUGCCCCUGCUGUGUUAGACUAGAGGAACAAAAUGAGAAAGACACCCCUAAAGCCUAUGAUGAAACAGAAAUAGAAGAUGGAGGAAAUAACAAAACAUAUUAUGGAUGCUGUCUAUUUGACGGAGUUGAGUACAAAGUAGGCGAUUCAGUCUACCUAAAUCCAGAUGCCUUCUCAUUUGCCAUCAAGCCAAAACCACCAACAAGAAAAUAUGUCAAAAAAGAAGUGGAUGAAGACCUGUAUCCUGAGUAUUACCGAAAAACCUCCGAUUAUGUGAAGGGGAGUAACUUGGAAUGCCCACCACCAUUCCGUAUCGGACGUAUUAAGCACAUCUACAAGAAGAAAGGCAGCGAAGUUAUCAAGUUGCUGGUUAACAAGUUCUACCGUUCUCACGAUACACAUAAAGGCGUGACCGCUGGUUACCAUGUUGAUCGCAACAUGUUGUACUGGAGUAAUGAAGAGGCGAUUGUUGAGUUGACGUGGGUGCAAGGGAAGUGUAUGGUGGUGUAUGGAGAAGACCUGGCCGAGACUGUCCAAGAGUACUCCACCGCUGGUGAAAAUAGAUUCUACUUUCUUGAGGCUUACAACAGUGAAACAAAGCAGUUUGAGGAUCCCCCAACUCAGGCCAGAGGAACCAUCAACAGGGGCAAGGGUAAAGGAAAGGGGAAGGGUAAAGGCAAAGGCAAGUCUUCAUCCGUGCCCUCUCCCAAGAAGACCGAGGCGACACAGAAGCACCACAAACUUAGGUGUUUGGAUGUGUUUGCUGGGUGUGGAGGCCUGUCUGAGGGAUUCCAUGCAGCAGGGAUUGCAGAAAGCCACUGGGCCAUAGAGAAGGAAGAGCCUGCAGCACAAGCCUUCCGGUUAAACAACCCAGGCUGCACUGUCUUUACGGAUGACUGUAAUGUUCUUCUGAAGUUAGCCAUGGAGGGUGAAAAAACUAAUUACACAGGUCAAAGGUUGCCACAGAAGGGUGAAGUAGAACUGCUUUGCGGAGGACCCCCGUGCCAGGGCUUCAGUGGUAUGAACCGAUUCAACUCUAGAGAAUAUUCUAAGUUCAAAAAUUCAUUGAUAUCAACAUACCUGAGUUACUGUGAUUACUACCGCCCUCGAUACUUCCUGUUGGAGAACGUUCGUAAUUUUGUGUCGUAUAAGCGCAGUAUGGUGCUCAAGUUAACGCUGAGAUGCCUCAUCCGUAUGGGAUAUCAGUGCACAUUUGGCGUCCUCCAGGCUGGACAGUAUGGUGUCCCACAGACCAGACGCCGAGCAAUCAUACUCGCAGCUGCUCCCGGCGAGAAACUUCCGUACUACCCAGAGCCAACUCACGUCUUUGCUCCACGUGCUUGUCAACUCUCUGUUGCAAUUGACGAGCGCAAGUAUGAAAGUACAACUAAAUGGACAUCAGCUCCAUAUCGUACAAUUACUGUUCGUGAUGCCAUGUCAGAUUUACCAGAAAUUACCAACGGACAUAACAAGCAAGAAAUGUCGUAUGGCGGAGAUCCACAAUCUGAUUUCCAAAGAAAGAUCCGUGGUAACCAAUACCAGCCAAUCCUGUGUGAUCACAUCUGUAAAGAGAUGAGCCCUCUAGUAGCCAUGAGAAUGCGACACAUUCCGCUGGCCCCAGGCUCAGAUUGGCGUGAUCUUACUAAUAUUGUCAUCACUCUCCCAGAUGGAAAUGUUUGCCAAAAACUGCGAUACACGCAUAAUGAUAAGAAGAAUGGAACAUCAUCAACAGGAUCUUUGCGUGGAGUCUGCCAGUGUAUGGAAUCGAAAACCAAAGGUUGUGAUCCGGUUUUCCGCCAAUUCAAUACACUUAUACCUUGGUGUCUACCACACACUGGUAACCGCCACAAUCAUUGGGCUGGACUCUAUGGUCGUUUGGAAUGGGACGGAUUCUUUAGCACAACCGUCACUAACCCAGAACCUAUGGGCAAACAGGGUCGUGUUUUGCAUCCUGAGCAACACCGUGUAGUCAGUGUACGAGAGUGCGCCAGAUCACAGGGAUUUCCCGACACCUACAGAUUCUAUGGCACAAUACUUGACAAACACAGACAGAUUGGAAAUGCUGUGCCUCCUCCAAUGGCCGCGGCUAUAGGCAAAGAGAUCAAGAAAUGCGUUGUUGCCGUUGAAGCGAUGCAGCGUGCUGAAGAAGCGGCUGGCAAUAAAGUAGAAAAAACUGAACAAGAUGUAAAAUUGGAAUAAUGACAAAAACUGGAAGAAGAAAAAUAUUCUUAAAGGGAUGCAGCAUGCUAUAGAGAGGACGAGAGAAAAAAACAAACAAAAUGCGUGAAAACGAAUGAUGUCUGUGGAGCUGGUGGAGCUGGUGGGGGAGCAUUGGCGUCGUCAACUUAUUCUUCUGUGUGAGAAAUCAGCCUCCUUUUUGGGGGCAUCAAACCCCCAUGUGGCCAGUUGGUGCCACCAUUGAUGAUGAAACAUAUUAUUUGUAGAUAUGAUGAUACUUAAUGUAUGUGCUUAAUAGUGUGUUAUUUUCUGAAAAAAUGAAUGUGAAUUUGAUGAAAAAAAAAUUGAAAUUUUGUAGAAUUGUAAGUGCCAUUUAAUGUGCCAAAAAACAUGUUUUGUCCACUUUGUAGCGAAUGACAACUUUUUAUUUAAAAAAAACUUAAAACAGUAUAUAUUUAAAAUUGCUGUUAAUCUCAAUAGAGAUUAUCAUUUGUUGAUUUGUAGUAUAACCUAAUAGCUAUUUCAAUGUGAUUCUAAAAUUUAAAGAAUAAAUUAUUGGUUAAUCAUUACUCAUUUGUCACUUUGUCUUUAAAUGUACGAUUAGUAAUUUGCCUGCUUUAAAUGUAGGAUAUCUAGAAUUUAUACUAUACAGUAGUAAUGUAGGUCAAACUUUAAUUAAUAGAAAAAUUGUGAAAUAAUGUGUAUACUAUUAACUCGUACUCUUUUUAAAAAAUUGGACCAAUUUUAUGCACAAAUAUAACUAGCAUUGAACCAUCUUUUUCAUGCCUAACAAAAAAUAAAAAAAACAAUAUAGACUCAUUAAAUAAAUUACAAAUUUUCAGCCUAAAUAUUACUUGUGUACCUAUCUUUCAUAAAGUGGACCCAUUUUACUUGUAAAAAAGUAAUGUAAACUAAUUUUUUAUCAAGUUAACCCACUUCAAUUGAAGUACCAAAUAUAGUAUGUAGACUCAUUUUUAUAAUCUGUACCUAUUUUAUAUGCAAGUCCGACUAUAUUGAUCCAUGUUUUAAAAUGGACCUAUUACUUGUAAAAGAAAUAGUGCAAACCCAUUUUUAAGAUUUGUAAUAUUAACAAAAAUUAGAUCCAUUUGACACCUAAAGGUGACUUGUCUAAAAAAUCCAGACCUAUUUGAUGUAGAGUAACUAUAUACAGUAAUGUGGGCCUUAAUAAUCCAGACCCAUUUAACAUGCAAAUAAAAAUAUAUGUAUUUGUGCAUAAAAACUAUAAAUAUGUGGAUGGAAUUUAUGGAAAUCUUGACCCAUUUUACAUGUAAAUAUAAUCUGGAAAAUAUAUUUAUGUGUGGGACAGUCACAACUGCCCUAGUAUGUGGUACGAAUUAUAUUCAUGUUUACUUUUUGCAGUAGUAACACUCUAAAGCUGCCUAGAUUAUCACAUUUUCUUUGACAAAAAACUGUUUUAUGACCAUAUAUAGUUAUGAUGUGCCUAUAUAUGGUCAAUGAUGUGAUGUCAUAACCAUAUUUUGGCAUGUCAUGUUACAUGUUUUUGUCAAAUAGAAUUUGAAAAUUUGGACAGGCCACUGCAUUGUAAAAAUGCUAGUCACUUCUUGGUGGUAAGUUGGUCUGGCAUGGAUUAAGUUUGUAACAGAAUAAUUUUGAUGAAAUAAUUGUAUUAGAUAGGAUUGUAUAGUGUAACUUUCGUAUUAAAAUUCGUAUUGUUGGCAAACCGUCAGAAA